AUGUCAUUUUUCGGAAAAGCUAAGGAGAGCUGCUCGAAGAGUGCAUGUUGUGCCAACGAAAAGUUACAAGAAGGUUCAAAAGUAGCCUCAGAAAAAGCUGGCGAAGUUAAAGAUGAAGCUUGCGAAAAAAUUAAAGAAGGCGCCAAAUGUGUGGAGACGAAGGUUCAGGGUGGGGUGGACGCUGCUAAUAAGAAAGUUGGAGUUAUGUCCUUUCUUCAAAAAUUUACUCAAAAGGCAAAUGAGAAAUUAGAGGAGGGUGUCAAAGGAUUGAAUGAAGGAAUCGAAGGUUGUGUAAACAGUGUGAAUGAAGGUCUCAAAAGUGCCUCUGACUCUCUUGAAGGCUUGAGUAACACGGCUAAUGAGAAACUUCAAAAAGGCGUGAAAUCAGCCAACGCAACAGUGGAAGGUAUCAACACGUCAGUUCAGUCGGGCGUCGAUGUUACCAACCAGAAAAUUGAAGGAUUCAACAGUUCACUUCAAUCAGGCGUAGAUGCAACCAAUCGUAAGCUUGAAGGUCUCAGGAGAGACAGAUUUCCAUUUUAA